AUGCAUGCUGCCCUGCUGGCCCGUAGGUUGCCUACACGCGCCGUAUCUCAAUCGCUGCGCAGCUAUGCAUCCAAACCUCCAAAUGGGUCGCAGUCCCCUUCCCCAGCCUCCAAUUCCGAGCCAACACCCCCUGCACCAACACCAGAAACGCCGCAACCGUCCACAAUACGAAGCUUGGACUUCACGUCGACUUUGGAGGAUGACAAGAAGCAGCGGACCGGCGCCAAGUCGUCGAAGGACUCGCUCUCGAGUAUCGAGAAGAAGCGACGGAUCUAUGGCCGCGUGUCCUUGCUGGCAUUGCUUCUCGGUGCAGGAGCGUACGGCGUCUAUCUGGGGCGUGAAUGGGAGGAAGAGGAGCUCAAGGCGAAACGACUAACCCUCGAAACCGCCCCGUCAACGUGGUCUGCACGAGCGCGUACGCGCUUCACGGACUUAUUCGACUUCUUCAGCAAGCCUCAAUGGAACGAGCUUCUCCCGCCGCCCUUACCCGCUCCUUACCAGAAGCCAUUGACCUUGCUGAUUGAUCUUGACGACUUCCUCGUUACAUCGACAUGGGAUCGCCAACAUGGUUGGAGGACAGCGAAGCGGCCCGGCGUGGACUACUUUCUGGCCUACCUUUCGCAAUUUUACGAAAUCGUUUUGUUCACAUCUCAACACUAUUAUACCGCACUCCCCAUAGUUGACAAGUUAGAUCCCCAUCACUUCUACAUCGUUUACCAGCUCUUCCGCGAAUCGAUGACCGCCCACAACGGCGAAGUUGUCAAGGACCUAUCAUACCUUAAUCGUGACCUGUCAAAAGUAAUACUCGUCGACACUAAUCCCGACUUCGUCAAAACGCACCCCGAGAACGCGAUCAUUGUUCCCAAAUGGAAGGGCGACCCCAAGGACAAGGGUCUUAUCGCUCUGAUUCCCUUCUUGGAGUCCAUCGGCAUAUACAAGCCCGCGGACGUCCGCCCCAUUCUUGAGGCGUACCGUGGCAAGGACAUCCCGCUGGAGUACGCGAAGAAGGAGGCGGAGGCAAAGCUGAAGCAUAUCGAGGAGUGGAAGGCGAGUGGCGCGGGCAAAGGCGUCGGCCGGCUCACCUUCUCGUCCCUCUUCGGCGGCUCGAGCGAUCCUGCUCAGUCGUCACCGAUACCCCCGACCUAUCUCGAAGCCAAGCGCGCCGAGGCACAACGUGCCUACCGCGAGGAGCAACUCUGGAUCGAACAGAACAGGGCGCAGCUCGAGAAGGAGAAGGAAGAGCAGGAUAAGGCGAUGCAGGCGGAGAUGUCAGGUAGCUUGUGGAAGAUGCUCGGAGUUGGUGCCGGCGGCCCGCCCGCUCAGCAGCAACAAGAGUCCUCUGGGCCAUCUCAGGCUGCGGCGACUGCGACUGCCACCGCUGCAGCGCCGAAGGCGCCGUAGCGAUGCUUCUGUACUGCACGUGCAUAUUCAUCACCACUCUCAGUUUUAUCGUCG